AUGACUCGAGGCGUAAGGCGCGGCUGCGUGCGACUCAGAGCAGCUGUGAUCGGUAUCGAUGAUGAAGACGACUCCACCUUCACUAUCACAGUGGACCAUAAGACUUUCCAUUUUCAGGCCCGCGAUGGUUCAGAACGUGAACGAUGGGUGCGUGCGUUAGAGGACACGAUAGCACGUCACGGCCGCCGCGAGCGCUGGUCCCGCUGUGUCCACGCGCCUGCACACCGCCACGGCGAUUUAGAACGGCGUAUAUCUGAGGCUGAUGCUUACUUGCAAAUCAUGAUCGAGUUAGUGUCGAAAAUGAAUACAAGAGUUUCUGAAUUGGCGGAUCCGCAAGAAAAAAAUAAAGGACAAGUAAUAUUGGACCACUCUAACGCGAUGUUGGAUAACAUUAAACAUUCCAUUGUGCUUCUUCAAAUAGCUAAGAAUACCGUGAACCCAGUGAAUGGCGUGUACCAGGGACCAACCAACGCGUCCCAAAUCAAAGAAGAUUUAUCCCCACGCGUCGAGCUGGGCUCGGAAUGUCGCGAACUGUCGACGCCCACGCAUCCCAUCCCACCGCUGGCCCCACUCGAGCAUAUCGAUUCACCCAGACAAGCAAUGUCCCUGCUAGUGCCGGACACGUCGUAUUCAUCAUCAGAAGGCGAGGAUGAUUUCUACGACGCAGACGACGAGCCGGCAGACGCGAUUGUACCGGGGCCUAGG